AUGGCCCCCAGACGUGCACGCCCCGCGUCAGGCGCCCUCAAGCCGCACUUUAGCCUCACUCUGGCACUCGUUCGUAAAGCGCUUCUCCGGUUUGGCCGCGUCGCUGGUGCUGCCUUUGCCCUCCGUGGCGGCCUUGCCCUCCUAGCUGCGCUCCUUACCCGUGCCACCGCCCCCAACCGUGCCCUCGCCUCGCUCCGCGGCCUGGUCGGCGUCCUUGCCCCGGCUGCCCGCCUUGGCCUUGCGCUGGGUGGCUACUCGGCUGCAACUUCGCUCGCGGCGGCAUCAACCAAGAGCCUGGCUGUGCAGGCCGCGACUGCUGGUGUGACCGCGGCCACAGCGCUCACUGCCUUUGAUCAGGAGACUCGCGUCUCGGCCAUGCUCUACCUCGGCGUCCGAGUCGCCCAGGCCGGAUACAAUGCGCUCGCGUGUGUUGAAGAGGAGGAAUCGCAUCCGCCUGCCGGGCAGCCAGAGGCUGAGGGCUCGGCGAUGGGCGGCUCGCUGCUGUUUGCGCUUGCCUCGGCGCAGGUCAUGUUUGCGGCGCUGGUCUACCCGUCAUCGCUCCCGCGCUCGUACUACGCCUUCAUCCGGCGGACCCAACCAAUAGCGACGCCGAUUCUUGAAGCUGUCCGCGCCAAUCUCUGGAGCACGGAUGUUGAUGCCGGGGCGGUUCUCGCCUACGUAGCCGACUCGGGCGGUGAUCUCGACGACCUCGCCCGGGCGUCCAAGCUUCUGUCGGACCCGCUGCCGUGCGGCAUUCCGUGCGAGCUGCUACAUCCCGAGCGCCCACAGUGCAGUGUCCAGUUUGCUCACACUGCGUUCAAGGCGGCAAAACGGGCGCUGCCGCUGUACGGCGGGCUCAACCUUGUGGCGCUCCUCUUCCGGUACAAGAAGCUGAUGGCUGCCCCAGGCGCGACGCUGUGGCGGACGGUCAAGAGCGUGGUACGAUCGACGGCCUUUCUCACCGGCUUUGUCUCGCUCUUUAUGGCUGCGGUGUGCACCCACCGGCGGCUGGGGCUCGCUGACUCGGGUGCGACGUACUUCUUGUCAGGCCUUAUCUGCUCGGCGGCGAUCCUGAUCGAGGCGCCGUCACGGCGGACCGAGCUGGCGCUGUACGUCCUACCGCGGGCGGUCUCGUCGGCCUUCUGGAUCCUUGUCCGGCACGGGUGGCUGCGUGCAUUCCCACGUGGAGAGAUUGCGCUCUUCGGCGGCGUCAUGGCCACGCUGCAUGCGGACGCUGCGGGUCGGGGCUCACUUUGA